AUGGCAGCUUCCGGUACCUCCGCCAGCGCCGGUGCCGCUACCGGGCCGUCGACAGCUGUUCUCGUUGUCGGCGGCACAGCAGCAGCAGCCGCCACGUUUUAUCUUGUAUUGAAGCCGCUAUACGAGAGGUUCCUGAGACGCGACGUGCCGUUCGGACCCGAUACGCACCCCGUCGUAGCGCUGCUUCUUAAACGCCGCCCAGUCCACGCCAGCCAUAGGGGUGGUGCGCGCGCAUGGCCUGAGAACACCAUGCUGGCAUAUCGCAGCGCUGUUGGCGUUGACGCUGCUGGAAAUACUUCUCCUGAGAGUGCAGCUACCAUCGCAGCCAGUAACAGCACUGCUGAUGUGGGCGGCCGCAGUGCUGAUGUGGACGGCAGCAGUGCUGAUGUGGACGGCAGUGCUGAUGUGGAGGGCAGCAGGGCAGCAGGCAGUGCCGGCAGUGGCAGAGACAGUGAUGGAGCCUCUGAUGGGGGAGAGGGUGCUAUUGCUGCUCGUGAUGCCCAUGUAGACUCUACCAAGGCUGGUGCUCCUCAUGCAUCCGAUGCUCCUAACGCUCCACUGCUGCGCACACAACUACUGGAAGUGGAUGUGCAAUUGACCAGGGACCAGCAGCUGGUGCUGAUUCACAAUGUGACAGUGGACGACACAACAGACGGCAGCGGGCUUGUGGAGAGCUACACUUUGGAGGAGCUCAGGUCAUUGGAUGCUGGGUAUCAUUUCACCCGAGAUGGCGGCAAAACAUUUCCUCACAGAGGGAAGCGACUGCAAAUACCAACACUUAGAGAGGUGUUUGACGAGUUCGCAUGCUACAGCGACCUGGUCUUUUACCUCGACUUCAAGUCACCCAGAGCUGUUGCGCCCACGCUUCAGAUGGUUCGCGAGUUCAAUCUAGAGCAGCGCAUCAUGAUGGGAGCCGUGCCUCCAGAAGCAAACAGAGAGGUGCUCAGGCUGAAGCCUACAUGCGUGCCUGCCACACCAGACAUCAACUCCAUGAUACUUAUGUACAUCUGCUACCUGGUCGGCAUUCUUUGGCUUAUUCCCAUGCGUCAUGAGAUUGUGGGAACGACAGCAUACAGAUGGGGUUACAAGGUUCUCAACCGUGACUUUGUUGCAGCCUUCCAUCGACGAGGGCGGUGGGUGUCGGUGUUUGGGGAUUACCUCGACCACAGGGAGGGGCAG